AAACGCACACACGGAGAGACGGACUUCAUUCCUGAACCUAAGACUCAGGCAACACAUUCAAUUGUAGAGGCAGAGGAAGUCACAAGGCACCCCCAGUGUGUCCAUGUUACUCCUGUCAUCGGUGUGUGUACGCGGUGUGUGUGUGGUUGAACAAACCCGCGGGUUGAGCGACACAAGGCCACCGGGAUCUGGGAAAUACAAGCGAAACCACAGGACAGGACAAUUUUAAGAAACCUUCCGUUUUGUCUUAAUGGUCUUCUUCUGAAACCAUCAUUGCAUCCUGUUUGUUAUCGAAAGAGAUAUUGAUUUCCGUUCGAACAUUUUGGAGACGAGCUUCGGUCAUGCUCGACACUUGACAAACACCUACAGUACAGUGAAUUUUCGUUUAACGGACUGUUAAACGGACGACAACUUUUUGAAGUUGCCCCUUUGGCCGUUUGGAUACGAGGGGAGAACCUCACUUUGCCAGAAGACCUUUUCACCAUUUCUUCGCAUUUUUUAUCUGCAUUACGAGGGCGCCACGGCGACUUCAGUUGAUUAUCUGUCUUUUCUUUGCUAUCCAAUGGAUAUUCACUGCAAAGCAGACCCCUUCUCAGCGAUGCACCGGCAUGGGGGUGUGAACCAGCUAGGUGGGGUGUUUGUGAACGGCAGACCCCUUCCCGACGUGGUGAGGCAGAGGAUCGUGGAGCUGGCGCAUCAAGGAGUACGACCCUGUGACAUCUCCAGACAACUACGGGUCAGUCACGGCUGCGUCAGCAAAAUCUUAGGCAGCUAUCAAAAGGACUUGAUAAGAUACUACGAGACGGGCAGCAUCAAACCGGGAGUUAUUGGCGGAUCGAAGCCAAAGGUUGCUACUCCAAAGGUUGUGGAUAAAAUCGCCGACUACAAGAGGCAAAAUCCUACCAUGUUCGCUUGGGAGAUCAGGGAUAGACUGUUAGCUGAGGGCGUCUGCGACAACGACACCGUUCCAAGCGUUUCAUCAAUUAACAGGAUCAUUCGGACUAAAGUCCAGCAGCCUUUCCACCCCUCCCCAGAUGGAACAUCCCUCUCUGCUCCAGGGCACACCAUAGUUCCAAGUACAGCCUCCCCGCCUGUGUCUAGUGCUUCCAAUGACCCAGUGGGGUCCUACUCCAUCAACGGCAUUCUGGGUAUUCCCCGCUCAAAUGGAGAAAAGAGGAAACGAGAUGAGGAUGGCUCAGAUGGCUCUGGCCCAAACAGUGAUUCUCAGGGUAGUGUGGAGAGCUUGCGGAAGCACCUGCGCGCCGACGCCUUCACGCAGCAGCAGCUAGAGGCUCUGGACCGGGUCUUCGAGCGGCCGGCCUACCCUGACGUCUUCCAGACCUCGGAACACAUCAAGCCUGAGCAGGCGAAUGAAUACUCCCUACCGACACUGAACGCUGGGCUGGACGACGUGAAGCCAAGCUUGUCCUCCAACGCCAAUGCCGAGCUGGGGCCGAGUGUGUCACAAAGCUACCCUGUAGGUCGGGAUAUGGCCAACACAACCCUACCUGGGUAUCCCCCUCACGUACCCCCCACCGGCCAAGGCAGCUACCCAACAUCAACGCUUGCUGGAAUGGUUCCUGGGAGUGAGUUUUCGGGAAACCCCUACAGCCAUCCACAGUACACAACAUACAAUGAGGCCUGGAGGUUCAGCAACCCAGCAUUACUAAUGCCGCAUCAAGAGGUUCCGCACCUCCCACUGCUGCCACUGCCUAUGACCGUCACUAGUUACCAUGGAAACCCAAUCAAGCAACCGGAUCGGGGCUUUGGGCUCCAUAUUGUGCCAGUGUGAAUGGGUGUGGCCUUCUGGACAAGCAGGCAGCUCCAAGAUUUCCUCAAUACUCACAGAGAGAGAGCGAGAGAGAGAGAGGAGCGGACAUUUUGGGAUUCAAAAAGUGAUUUGGCCAUUGCAAAACUUCACAGUCCACCCAUUGCUUCUAAACCUGCAAGACUGUAAAGAGACUAUAUAAAUAUAUAUUAUGAAAAUGAUAAUAAUAAUGCAAAGAAAGUUUUGUUUGUGAAAGUUAAAAAGAAAAAAAGCUACACCCCCCUCCCUCCCCCUGAUGCUUCUGGUUCAUUGUUUUUUCCCCACACUACUCUUUUUCUGUGUUUUUUUUUAUGGAUGACUACAUUCCUUUACCUGACUGAUUUUACUUCCUGGAGGAGCAAAGGCAAGUGUUAAGCAUGGCAGCGUCUCCCCGACCCCACCCCACCCCUCACACACCCCAAGUCUUUCUUGUCCCCAAACCUGGCCCCAUCGUUGCUACUAGUCCGACCGUGUGUGGGCGUUAUGGGCCAGAGGCUGAUGCUUCUCCGUGGGCAGCGGUUCGGCGCAUUUUUCCACCCAAACAGCAUUACGCAAAACCAAAACCUGCAGCAUGACAAGUACUACUUUUUAUCAUUAUGCCAUGAGAAGAUUAUUAGGACCUGAUUUCUGUGAAACACAAUCAGCCUUUCAUUUUUUUUUUUAAACAAGAGGAGACAUGAAAUAUAAACGAAAAAAAGAUCAACAAGAAUUAAAGAAAAUAUGGGCACAUGUGGAGCAGUUUUGAAAAAAAUAACAUAUCCCUAAAUUAUUAUUAUUUUUUUUACUUUUCUUUUUAAUGUAAAAUUAAUAUUAUUGGCAAUUUAGUGUAUACAGCAAAUUGCUUGAUGUAUUUUUGUUUCGCUAUAUAUUUUGUUUAUGGUAUUUGUUUAUACUAUUGGGAUGCAGUGAAUGACCAGGCAACCUCUGAUUUUGAGUUCUUAUUUUUGCACUAUAUGAAGGGUCGGACCAAAUAAGGUGGUACUGUUCCAUGCAAACACAACAUUGGUUUUAUUUUGGUUUAACACAUAGUUCAUUUAUCCAAGAAUGUAAAAUAGCCAACAGUUCCUGACAUUAAAUGGCACUUAUUGCUCCGAAUAUGUUUACAGUUCAUUUUCCACCCACACUGUUUUGCUUUGUUUCCUUUUGUAGCUUUUUUAAACUACUGAUAAAUGUAUUGGGAUUUUUAUUCAAUCCAGUGUAUUCAGUAAAUAAUUAUCAAGCCUGUCCAAUGUAACAUUUAAAGAAGGAGAUUAUUACUGGAUUUUUUUUUCACACACUGCUUUAUAUGUAUUUCACACAACCAUGCCUCGAAUUCAAUUUCCUUUCUUUAACAUCUGAUCAUGAAACUUAACUUUGAGUGUACUAUUAUUUAACAGUUGAGAGAAUGUAUUUUUACCACUUUUGCCAAAGACUUUAGUUGUGUUAAUGUAUUAUUUACAGUCUUAUGCAUUUUUUAACAGUAUUAUGGCAACAGACCUUUUCAGAGUUAAAAUGUGUAUAAAUUCUAUGCAGAGGAAAAUGGGCAUCAUAUGCAUAUUUAACUGUAAGACUACAGACAGGUGAAUUCUUACAACUAUUUAAAUGUUAUUUUAUGUUUUUUUGUGACAGUUUGCUGCUUUGUAGAAUGAUUUUUUUGUGUGAAAUGUGAAUCGUUCUUCCCUGUAAAUACAGUUCUGAGAAAAAAAUAAUGAAAGAAGAAAAAAACACAUCCUGUCUUUCAGCAUUGUCGCUCAUGUAUUGGUCUCUUUUGUAGAUGUGCCGUGAGGACGCGGGAGAGUUAAGACAUAGCUGUGUCCUUCUAAAACUUCCACUGAUCUUUUUGUGCCCUCCAAUGUCUUACAGAGUGGCAAUAUUAUGGCCACUGUUAAAACAAACAACACAUAGGUCUCAUCUGAUCUCCUUUUGUUGUGAUAAUCUGCUCUAAAUCUGGCUUUUGGUUCCCAUUCUCUGUCCGUCCAAAGUUGUUUUACAGUCGCUAUGCAAACCAUACUGGGCCUUUACGAUAGAGCCCGUCCCUGAAAACUGAGAAAUUUCAACAUCCACUAGCUGGAUCUGUAUUGAGAAAAACAAAUCAACAACAUGAAACACAAAGCUAUUUUGUAACAUAGACCUGUCAGAAGUGUUCUUUUUCGUUACAUCCAUGGCGAAUUACACCCAAGCUCUAGCAGCAAGAAAGCCACAGUCACUUCUUUGGACAUAUUCAGCAUACCUGCUUUCUGAUUAAUAGAUGUUCAAAGAGACGGACCCUCAGUCUAUGUAAUCGUGGUCCAUUUGCAUGCUUUCAUUCAGACAGUUUACACAGGGUGGAACAGUCAGCAUCAAAGAUGCCCGUUUUUGCGAGACAAUAUUCUGAUCGACUAACAACAAACACAGACACAAAAACACAAAUCAGAAGGACACACGCCUGCUAUAAAAAGGACAGCAUCGUCAGCCUCUUGCAGAAUGUUCUAACACGAUAUUCCACAAGGAAUUUCACCAUUAGCCAUCAGACCGUUCCUUGGGGAAUUCCACGGUUCAGAUUAUACUCUGAUCCCAGACGAGAGAUUCCCACUUGAUGCACAUGGUCUACAGAAGAGGCUAGGUGGGUCAAGUAGCGGGGUCCAAACCAAAGAUUCUAGAGCGGAGCUCUGUUCUAGAAUCUUUGGUCCAAACUAGUUGAAAGUGUAAAUGUGAAAAAAUGCAAAGAGUCGUGGAUCUACUGUAACUUUGGAUUUGAUGGUCUAGGACUAAGACCAAGUGGAUGCAAUCAUGGUUCAGUUUGUGUUCCAAUUUUUGU